UAUUGGCAAUGGACCUUUGUUGGUCUUAGGGUGUGGUUUGGUGCUCUGACGCUGAAUUAGAGGUUUUUCGUCUCUGAUUUGGGUGGUGGUGUUUGAAUAUUGAAUUCUCAAGUAGUAUGUUUAGAAUUGCCAGAUAGGUAUCCAAAACCAUUACCGGAAUUUCACAUGGUGUUGACUGUAGAGUUAGGUUAAGCUUCUCUACGAAGCCAUCACGGUUGUUUUUAAUGGCUUUUGUUACCCAGAGCUCGAGUCAAGUCUGCUGCACAUAGAAUUUUGGGUGUUCGACAACUUGAAAUUACGAUUAUGAGGAGAAAUCGUAACAUGAGCUACUGGUGGAUGAACUGUGAACCACGGGAGGAUUGAUGCGGAACAGUUUGGCAGGGGCUGUGUUACCCAUACGACGGCUUGCGAUAAUGGCAACUGCUGGAGCAAACUCACAUGCCAAGCCUCCGUUGAAGGGGAUAGUCUUCGACAUGGACGGGACCCUCACUGUGCCCUGCAUCGAUUUCCAACUCAUGUACAAACGCACAUUAGGGGAAGACCACCCGGACGUUGUAAACAACUCCCCAAUCGACAUUCUGCACGAGAUUUCCUCGUGGAGCCCCGACAAGCAGGUUCGCGCAUACGCUAUUAUCACGGAAAUUGAGAAGGAAGCCCACGGCAAGCUCCAGAUUAUGCCGGGCGCCAAGGAGGUUUGCUCGUUUCUGGACGUUCGUCGCAUUCGUCGAGGUCUAAUCACCCGCAACGUGAAAGAUUCCGUCGACUACUUCCACUCUCGAUUCGGAUUGAAAGCAUUCGCCCCUGCCCUGAGCCGUGAGUUCACGCCUUACAAACCCAGCCCAGCGCCGUUACUGCACAUCUGCGAUGUCUGGGGUAUGAGCCCUAGCCAGGUCAUGAUGGUGGGUGACAGCGCAUCGGACGAUAUCGUCUGCGGCAACCGCGCGGGCGCCUUGACAUGCUUGCUGGACGAGUCAGGGCGAUACGAAACUGGAUCUCUUCCCGAUGAACAAACCCCAACCCACAAGAUUCAGAGCUUCUACGACAUCAUCUCCAUCCUCGACAACUAUGAUCUGCAAUCUGCAGAAACAGGCUAGCAGAGCCAGGAUUGAGCAUCUUGGCUUUAGCGCACCCACUAGCUCCACAUCCAUUGAUUCCAACCCACGUCGGCCUCUCCCAGCUCCUGCAUCUGAGGCAACUCCUCUUGGUGCGAUCAUGACUUGGAUCGGUCUUCUUUGUGGAUUGUCAUACCAAAUUCCCGUUGCACACUCUUCGUGAGAAUCCAUACAUCAUAAAAUCCAAUUCGAGAUUAAUCGCACUUCGAGGGAUUUGUAGGAAUUCGGGGACUGAUUCGCGGGUGCAGUUUCAAGCCGAGAGACGAGGAUUCCAGUUGUCGUAUCAAGUUUGGAAGGAUUUGUAUGAAUUAAGUAGAUGAAAUUUAUUCAAAGAUUUGUUCUGGAAGAGUUGGAUUCGCCUACAUUUUUCGCGAGGUGGUAAUUGGCAUCUUCCAUCUCCUAGUUUUUACCUUUUAUUAUACACGAGGGAUAGAUCUCGCCUACACUUUUAGGAGUGUUUUGGCCAUUAAACAUUUGACAUUAUGGCUUGAUAAAUUUUAAGUGAUUGUGUAAGCAAAAAACGGCGAGUGAUCAGUUUUUGUCCAAUCUGUCCAUCAGACAUAUUUUCACUUGUUGGUAUAAACGUACUGAAGAUUUCAUCUUAUAAAUUUGUCUGUAAUUUUUACAA